GCUGCUUACAAACCGAAUUUUCCAUCAAACUUUCGAGCCGUACGGAAUUUUCCGAGCCGGCAACCGCGACGGUCGCGAUUUGGCGCCGCGGGGACGCGGCAACGGCGCGCGUGUUCAACCGACCAGUUUAACGGAUCCUUCGCCUGCCCAUUCCGAAUACCAAUUCCGACGAAACCAUCCGCGAAGAAACCUCGAAGCGACCAACAGCAAAGUUUUUCCCCGCAUCAGCCGAAGCCACACAGCAGCAACAGCAAGAAAAUGAAGUACCUCGUCCUAUUGGGUUGCUUGGCCGUUUUCCACGCCGCCAGCGGGCUUGAAUGCUACUCCUGCGACACGGAGACAUGCAAGAACGACAUGAAAGAAUGGGGUAAGAACAAGUGCGGGGGCAGCGCGGACACCACCCUGGAGCCGGCCUGCCAGAAAAUCGUCUUCAAAGACAAAGACGGCAAAGAGGUGGUGAACAGGAAAUGCGCCACCGUCCCGAAGACCGGCGAGGCCCCGUGCCCGACCACCCCGCAGGGCGCCACCGACGUGAAGUGCCCCGUGUGCAAGACGGACCUGUGCAACACGGCGGCGUCCGUGCAGUACAGCUUCGCAGCUGCGGCUACCGUAUUUUUCGCGUUUCUGUUCAUGUAAGCUGCUCGUUAUCGAAGCGUAAUGUAAUUAUUAAAAAAAAUACUAGGUGUUUAGAGACGAAAUAAUGUACUUUUUGGUAAAUGCGUAAAUCUCGCGGAAUCUCAAUAAUCGCCGUAUGAAAUGUUCUAUAUUAUACCUCAGAGAAUUUAUUGAGAGUUCGCGUAAUAUUUGUGGAAAUUAGCGUAGCAAUCAGUACCGUUAAAUGUUUUUAAGUACUUUUAUUAUGCGUUUUGAAGUUUCUUUUUUUUUUGUAAGUUUACCUAUCAUGUUGUAAGUCCGUGUAUUUGAUAUUAAAUAAUAUUUAACGACGA